AAAGAAUGUCCUUGGAGAAUUCCCAUUCCAAAGUCAAUGGGGCAAGCUGUUACACAGCUGAAAGGAUCCUGAAUGGGUCUGAUUUCCUCAGGAAAAUAGAACUUCUACCCUCAGAGGAGUCAAAGAAGAGGCAGAACUAUGGCAGGAAAGCUCCGGAAGUCCCACAUCCCUGGAGUGCGCAUCUGGCAGCUGGUGGAGGAGAUCCCCGAAGGCUGCAGCACGCCGGACUUUGAGCAGAAGCCCGUCACCUUGGCUCUGCCAGAGGGGAAAAAUGCUGUCUUUCGGGCUGUGGUCUGUGGGGAGCCUAGGCCCGAGGUGCGUUGGCAGAACUCCAAAGGUGACCUCAGUGAUUCCAGCAAGUACAAGAUCUCCUCCAGCCCUGGCAGCAAGGAGCACGUGCUGCAGAUCAACAAGCUGACAGGCGAGGACACGGAUCUGUACCGCUGCACAGCAGUAAAUGCGUAUGGAGAGGCCGCUUGCUCAGCGAGACUCACCGUCAUCGAAGUUGGCUUUCGGAAGAAUCGGAAGAGGCACAGGGAACCGCAGGAAGACCUCAGGAAGGAGCUGAUGGACUUCCGGAAAUUGCUGAAAAAGAGGGCCCCACCAGCCCCCAAGAAAAAGAUGGACCUUGAGCAGAUAUGGCAGCUGCUGAUGACAGCAGACAGGAAGGACUACGAGCAGAUCUGCUUGAAGUACGGCAUCGUCGACUACCGUGGCAUGCUGCGCAGGCUGCAGGAGAUGAAGAAGGAACAGGAGGACAAGAUGGCACAGUACAUCAACGCCAUCUCCAGCUUAAGACACAUCAGGAUCACCAAGGAUGGGAUUGCAAAGUUUGACCUGGAGCUGGAUCUCAAGGAUUCUCAGAGCAAGAUUUACCUGUAUAAGGAUGGUGAGAUGAUCCCCUAUGGCUUCAACAACCAGACCAGGCACUUUCUGCGCUGGCUGGAGAAGCGCUAUGAGUUCCGGAUCCAAGACCUGAGGCCUGAGGACUCUGGCAUUUACCAGGUCAAGGUGGAGGAUGCUGUGGUCUUCUCCACAGAACUGGAGGCCAGUGCCAUCCCCCCAAGAGUGCUUGUCCCACUGGCAGAGACCCACUGUGAGGAGCAGGGUGAUGCAGUCUUCGAAUGUACCCUCUCCAGCCCCUGCCCUAAUGCAGCCUGGCAUUUCCGGCACCGGCUACUCCACCCCAGUGAAAAAUAUGAAGUGUUCGUGUCCCCCGAUGGGCUGACCCACCGGCUGGUGGUGAGGGGGGCCUGUUUCUCAGACAUGGGCCCCUACUCGCUGGGCACUGGGCUCUACACUUCCAGCGCCUGGCUGGUGGUUGAAGCUGGGAAGGAUAAAGACCUUCAGUCCACAAGUGCUGACCACCAACUGCAGAGGCAAGGAGCCCAGGCCUCAGGAGCAGAAGAGUCUGGGAGCAUCAACAGCCAGGGAGAGAAAUCCAGAGAGCAGGGACCCAGGGGGGGCUCCCUUGAAGGGGCUGGGCCGGCUUCUGGGCUCCAGCACAUAGCCAGCCCAGACAGGGAUGGCCUUGGCAGACAUGGCUACUCCUUGAUGGGGGACAAAGGGGCAGCUGACUCAGCCUGGGGCCCUGGACAGGAGGGCGAGGGCUUUCUAGUAGCAGAGGGAAGCAGAGCCACUCUUCCCAGGGAAAAUCAAUUCCGCAGAGAGGGAGGCUGGGCCAGAAGCCUUGCAGAGAGGCCCCAUCUACAGGGAGAGAGCUCAGAAUCAGGGUUGGGCCUCCCAGAAAAACGACAGCAAGAUUGUGGCAGAGAUAGCAACAGUGAUGAAUGCUGGAGGACAGCAGGAGGCUGGGAGGCUGAGUCCAGUCUGCUUCAGUCUGGAGGACUGGGGAGCAGAAGGGAAGGAAGGGAGCACAGAGGGGACAGUGGAAGACAACUGGACAGGCACGGCCCAGAGCAACUGUGGGAUGCUGGACUGGGACCUGGGAGAGGAAAGAGUGACCUGCAGGGAUGCCAGUCUGAUCCUGUAGGGUCCUGGCCAAGUGGAAAGCAGAUAGAGAUUUCACAGGAUGACAGCCUGGCUGAGAUGGACAGAGGGGAUGCUCCAAGUAGGGAAAGGGGGAGAGGAAUAGUAGUGUGGGGUAGUGGGACUGGCCUGGCAGAAGCUGGAGACAGCAAUGGGGCAGGAGGUCCUGGCACCCUGGAGUUUACUGGAGGAAGAGGUUCUGGCUCCAAGGUAGGCAUGGGCCCUGAAUCCUGGGGUUCUCAGGGAGGUAGAGAUACUGACUAUGGGGAAGCCAGGGGCUGCUGGGGGUCAGGAGAGUUUCUAGGACAGACACCUGGAGGCAAGGACUUCCAGGAACCAUCAAUAUCAGGUGGUAGAAAAUUCCUUCUGGGAGAUGGGAGUCCCGAGAUCAAAGCUGAAGACUCAUUGCAGGAGGCAGAUGGUCUAUGCCGGGGGCGGGAAUCUGUAGUUGGAAGAAGUGCCUACAAAACUGGCUCUGGAGGCCCAGGAGACCCCAGAGACUGCGAAGGUGGCCUACGGGAGCUCAGGGGAAGGGAUGGCCAGGAAACAGCUUGGGCCUUGGGUGAGGUAGGGGAUGACUCCAGAAGCUUCCAGUCUUCCCAGGGCUGGACAGCAGGUCACAGAGCAGCAGGGGGUGUUGGCAGAAUAGAAUCUAAGGGCACAAGUCCUUGGGAUGACACACCAUCUAGCCUCAGAAAAACUGGGGCCCACCAUGGGCCUGGAGUGCUGGGGCCCAGUGGAGGGCAAGAGGGUAUGGGUGGUAUCCGGGUGGCUGGACUGACAGAGUCUGGUCAGGGGGUGGAUGCCAGAAGCCAUUGGCUAAGUAGGGCUCCAGGCCUGGGUGCUCAGGGCUCUGGGGGGACACUAGGAGAUAAGGAAGGAUUAAGAGGUCCUGGGUCAAUAGAGUCUGAACCAGAUUUCUGGAAUGCGUCAGGGAGCUCCAGAGUAAAAGGACCCAGAGGUGAGACAGGCUAUAAGGAUGGCUUGGAAGGUCCUGGGAGAAUGGAAUCUAGGUAUGAGGGUGGCUUAGGAUAUUCUAUGGGAAUAGGCCCUAAAAGCGGGGCUGGUUAUAGCUAUGGCUCAGGGGUUCCAGGAGAAAUGGGGUCCGGCCAUGGUGCUGGUUGUAGAGUUUCCCCUAGGGCACCUGCGGGAAUGGAGUCUGAGGAAGCGGGUGGGUACAGGCAUGGCUCCGGAGUGCCGAGGGGAGUGUGGUCUGGAAACGAAGAUUCUGGCCCUGCAGGAGGAGGGUCUGGGAGAGUUACCAGUCUUAAGAAUGGCUCAGUUGGUCCUGAUGGAGCACCCAUGGAUGACACCAGGAAUUGGGCCUCUGCAUGCCAGGGAGGCAUGGACCCUAGGGGAGGGCACCAUUCAGAUGGCGGCCUAGGGAGUCCUGGGGUGACAGGGUCUGUGGGUAGAGGUGGUCUCAAGGCCCCUGGAGUAGUGGAGACUGUUGGGAUGGGAUGUAUGGAAGCAGAACUAGAGAGCUCUGGAAGAAUAAGGCCUUGGGGUCAGACUGGAAAUUAUGGGGGCUUCAGAGCCUCAGAGGCCCUGGGGGCCUUUGGAGAAGGAGGCUAUGAAGAUGGCUCUGGUGGUCCAGGAGCCAUGGGACCAGGGUCUCUGAGGGCAGGGAGCAAAGUGGAUGAGGGGGAUGGGACAAGAUGCCCUGGUGCUAGGGCCUCUGGAGCUGGAGCUGGUUACAGGGAUGAUACCAGGCACCCUGAGUCACUCGCACCUCACACUGGGGCCGCUUCUGAGAGCCAGUGGGCUUAUGGGACUGGCAAUGUGCUGGGUUAUGAGGAUGGAUCAGAACUUCCAGGGCCUCAGGGAACUAGGGUCAGAACAGCCUAUGGAGGAAGGUCAAGGGACCUUGGGCCUAGGAGUACAGGGCCAGGGGGUGAGGCAGGCUUUAAAAAUGGUUCAGGAGGCCUCCAAUGAAUGGGAUCAGCAGAUGGGCCAGGUUGUAGGCAGGGUAUUGGGAGUUCUGGGGAAAUGGGGUCAGUGGAUAAGGAAGGUUAUAGGAAAGAUUUGGGGACUCCUGAGAAUAUGGGUUCGGGGAGCAAGGCAGAUUAUAGGGAUGGUGUAGGGGGUUCUGGGGCAAUGGGGUCAAUGGAUGAAGCAGGUUAUAGGAUAGAUUUAGGGGCUCCUGAGGGAAUUAGUUCAGGGAGCAAGGCAGAUUAUAGGGGUGGUUUACAGGAUUCCAGGGAAAUGGGGUCAAUGGAUGAAGGAGAUAAUAGGAAAGAUUUGGGGGUUCCUGAGGGAAUGGGUGCAGGUUAUAGGGGUGGUUUAAGGAGUCCUGGGGAGAUGGGGUCAGUGGAUGAGUCAGGUCAUAGGAAUGGGAUUGCAGGUUAUGGGGAAAUGGGGUCAGGUUAUAGGGAGGAUUUGGGGGCUCCUGAGGGAAUGGGCACAGGGAGCAAGGCAGGUUAUAGGGAUGGCUUAAGGGAUUCUGGAGAAAUGAGGUCAAUGGAUGAGGCAGGUUAUAGGAAAAAUUUGGGAGCUCCUGAGGGAAUGGAUUCAGGGAGCAAGGCAGGUUACAGGGGUGGUUUAAGGGGUUCUGGGGAAAUGGGGUUAAUUGAUGAGGCAGGCUAUAGGAAAGAUUUGGGGGUUUCUGAGGGAGUGGGUUCAGGGAGAAAAGCAGGUUAUAGGGGUGGCUUAAGGGGUUCUGGGGAAAUGGGGUCAGUGGAUAAGGCAGGCUAUAGGAAGGAUUUGGGGGCUUCUGAGGGAAUAGGUUCAGGGAGUAAGGCAGGUUUCAGGGAUGGUUUAGGAGAUUCUGAAGAAAUGGGGUCAGUGAAUGAGGCAGGUUAUAGGAAGGAUUUGGGGGCUCCUAAGGGAAUGGAUUCAGGGAGUAAGGCAAGUUUUAGGGAUGGUUUAGGGGGUUCUGGAGAAAUGGGGUCAGUGAAUGAAGCAGGUUAUAGGAAGGAUUUGGGGGCUCCUGAGGAAAUGGGUUCAGGGAGUAAGGCAGGUUUUAGGGAUGGUUUAGGAGGUUCUGAAGAAAUGGGGUCAGUGAAUGAGGUAGGUCAUAGGAAGGAUUUGGGGGCUCCUGAGGGAAUGGGUUCAGGGAGUAAGGCAGGUUUUAGGGAUGGUUUAGGAGGUUCUGAAGAAAUGGGGUCAGUGAAUGAGGUAGGUCAUAGGAAGGAUUUGGGGGCUCCUGAGGGAAUGGGUUCAGGGAGUAAGGCAGGUUUUAGGGAUGGUUUAGGAGGUUCUGAAGAAAUGGGGUCAGUGAAUGAGGUAGGUUAUAGGAAGGAUUUGGGGGCUCCUGAGGGAAUGGGUUCAGGGAGUAAGGCAGGUUUUAGGGAUGGUUUAGGAGGUUCUGAAGAAAUGGGGUCAGUGGAUGAGGCAGGUUAUAGGAAGGAUUUGGGGGCUCCUAAGGGAAUGGGUUCAGGGAGUAAGGCAAGUUUUAAGGAUGGUUUAGGGAGUUCUGGGGAAAUGGGGUCCAUGGAUGAGGCAGGUUAUAGGAAGGAUUUGGGGACUCCUGAGGGAAUGGGUUCAGGGAGUAAGGCAGGUUUUAGGGAUGGUUUAGGAGGUUCUGGAGAAAUGGGGUCAGUGGAUGAGGCAGGUUAUAGGAAGGAUUUGGGAGCUCCUGAGGGAAUGGGUUCAGGGAGUAAGGCAGGUUUUAGGGAUGGUUUAGGGAGUUCUGGGGAAAUGGGGUCAAUUCAUGAGGCAGGUUAUAGGAAGGACUUGGGAGCUCCUGAGGGAAUGGGUUCAGGGAGUUACACAGAUUACAGGAAUGGUUUAGGCGGUUCUGGAAAAAUCAGUUCAGGGGGUGAGGCAGGUUAUAAGAAUGUUUUAGGGGGGUCUGGGAGGAUUCCACUAGGGAGCGAGGCAGGUUCUAGGGGUAGUUUGGAGGAUUCUGGGUACAUUUUGUCAUGGAAUGAGGCAGGUUCUAGGCAAGGCUUUGGGGGAACUAGCGGCAUGGGGUCAGGGAGUGAGGUCAGUUAUAGGGGAGGCUCAGGAGUAUCUGGGGAAAUGGGGCCAGAGGGUGAGAUGGGUUAUGGAGAUGGUUCAGGGAGACUUGGAGUACCAGGCUCACUGGCUGGAAUAGGACAUGAGGCUGGACCCAGAGGCCAUAAAGCCGUGGGGCACAGGUCAGGAUACUGGGUAGCAUCAGAGGGUGGCACAAGCUCCAAGGAUGGUCCAGAGCGAGCCAGGGAAACAGGGCUUGUGGAUGGGGCAGGACCUGGGGUGGAACCUGGGAUGGCUGGAAUGCCGGGCACUGCAGGUGGCACGGCACAGAGAGACAGCCCCAGGGGCCCAGGGGUGCUGGGGUCUCAGAGAGGGCGACGGACUCUUUCAGAUGAGCGAGGCUCCACCAAAGAUCUUGGGGUCUAUGGAACUUCAGGGAUCCCUGAGGCCUCGGAGGCUGCUGGUGCCAAGGGAAAACCAGAUGUCAAAGAAUGGCAAGAUAGUUCUGGGACUCCAGGGUCUUCUAGAGACAGAGGGGCUCCCAGGGCGAAGGAUAGGUCUCCAGACCAAGCAGGAAUUAUGGGAGCUUCUGGAUUUCUUGAUAGCAAGGGGGCAGUGGAAGGUGAGACCUGGGCAGGAAUGGCUGCUCUAGGGUCUGGACAUGAACGGGACAUCUGGAAAGCAGGCCCAGGAAUGACAGACAGGGGUAGAGUUGCUGGCCAGGGGGUGGCAUCUCAGGGAGGCGGGGACUCACUUUUGGGAGGCAGAAGGAUAGGCUCAGGGAGUUCAGCGGGGACAGGCCAGGAUCUGGACAGCAGCUCUAUGCCUGGGGGAAGGGGCAAGUCAACAUCAGGGCCUGCUGAUGGACAAGGGAUGAGCAAUGCUUGGGCUCCUGAUUGGGAAAACCAGGGGUUUAGCCGAGGCAGCAUAGGUGCUGGGAAGCAGCCCACAGGCUCCAGAGCUUCCAGUUCUCUGCAGGAGAAAGAUGCUGCUUUUGGUGGGACCCAUGAAGGGCCAGGGAGCUUUAAGGGCAGGGAGGGUGCACCAGGCCAAGAGGUGGCUGGUGGAUGCCGAAGCCCAUGGUCCCCGGAUAGCAAAGGUUCAAGUCCUGGAAGGGGUAGUUCUGUUGGUGCAGAGGACUCAGGUAUCCUGGGCAAGGGGAAUUCUACUGAGUGGGCGAAUGCCCUCACCCCAAAACCUGGGGAGUCGGGACCUCAGGGAGCCUGGAAUGGCUUAGAUGGUCGCUUUGGCAGAAAAACCUCUAGAGAUAGGUCAGGAGGGACCCAGGACCUGAGCUCUCAGCUAGGCAAGGGACAGAGAGGAGGAAAGAGGUCCCUCGGGGAGCAGGGGUCCCUGGAGGCUGAGAAUGGUGAGGUCCAGGGUCCUGGGGCCCUAAAGGAGGAUGAAGGGCAGGGAGUGGAAGAGGCUAGGAGGUCAGGCAGGAGGCCUGGCUCACUCAGGAGCAGGUCUCAGGCACAGUCAGGGGCUGAGGUUGGAGGAGGAAAGAGAAGGGGAGCAGAUGAGGCUGGAAGCAUGGGGUGGCAGCCUAUGGGGGAGAGCUGGGGGUGCCUGGAGGAGAUGCUGAAUGAAGAUCAGAGCCGGGAGACCCCUGGUCACCUUGGUAGCAGGAGAGGUGGCAAAGACGGCAGGUUGGACAUCUAUGGAGAGAGGAGAGAUGCUACCCGGAGUUCCACAUCCAGAUACAAGCCUGGCACUGGCAGUUUCUCCAAGGACACCCGAGGCCCCAUGGGCCACUUCUUCCAGGGCCUUGCUGACACGGAGGUGCAGCAGGGGGAGGCUGCCACACUCUCCUGUACCCUCACCAGUGAUCUGGGACCCGGCACCUGGUUUAAGGAUGGCGUCAAGCUCACUGCCCAAGAUGGAGUCAUCUUUAAGCAAGAUGGUCUCGUGCACAGCCUCUUCAUCACGCAUGUGCAAGGGACCCAAGCUGGGAGGUACACCUUUGUAGCUGGUGACCAGCAGAGCGAGGCCACCCUGACUGUCCAGGAUUCCCCUACCAUUGCUCCAGAUGUGACAGAGAAGCUGAGAGAGCCGCUGGUGGUCAAGGCUGGGAAGCCGGUGACAGUGAAGAUCCCCUUCCAGAGCCACCUCCCCAUUCAGGCUGCCUGGAGGAAGGACGGGGCUGAGCUGGUGGGCAGCGGUGACAGGGAGGCCCAGGUGGACCUAGGGGAUGGCUACAUGCGGCUGUGCCUCCCUAGUGCAGACAGAAAGGACUGUGGCCAGUACAGCGUGACGCUGAGGAGCGAGGGAGGCUCCGUGCAGGCCGAGCUCACUCUGCAAGUCAUAGACAAGCCUGAUCCCCCACAAGGCCCCAUGGAGGUUCAGGAUUGCCAUAGGGCUGGCGUCUGCCUCCGCUGGCGGCCCCCAAGGGACGAUGGGGGCCGGACUGUAGAGCGCUACGUAGUGGAGAGACGGCAGGCUGGCAGGAGCACUUGGCUGAAAGUGGGCGAGGCCCCCGCUGACAGCACCACCUUCACGGAUGCCCAUGUGGAACCAGGCAGGAAGUAUGCCUUCCGAAUGCGGGCUGUGACCUCAGAGGGGGCUGGCGAGGCCCUGGAGUCCGAGGAGACAUUGGUGGCUCCUGAGGCUCUUCCCAAGGCCCCUUCCACGCCAGCCAUCCUGUCGGCCUCCAGCCAGGGCAUCACACUGACAUGGACAGCACCUCGGGGCCCUGGCAGCACCCACAUCCUGGGCUACCUGAUCGAGAGGCGUAAGAAGGGGAGCAACACCUGGACAGCAGUGAAUGACCAGCCGGUGCCUGAGAGGAGGUGGACGGUGGCGGACGUGCGGCAGGGCUGUCAGUAUGAGUUCCGGGUCACAGCUGUGGCUCCCUCAGGCCCCGGAGAGCCUGGACCCCCAUCGGAUGCCGUCUUUGCUUGGGACCCCAUGAGACCUCCUGGGCCGGUGAGGAAUCUCCAAGUCACAGACACAUCGAACACCAGCAUCACUCUGAGCUGGGCUGGGCCAGACACCCAGGAUGGGGAUGAAGCCCAGGGGUAUGUGGUGGAGCUGUGCAGCUCAGACAGUCUCCAGUGGCUCCCGUGCCAUGCGGGCACCAUGCCAGUCACCACCUACACAGCCAAGGGGCUUCGGCCUGGAGAGGGCUACUUCGUGCAGGUGACAGCAGUUAACGAAGGAGGCCAGAGCCAGCCCACUGCCCUGGACACAUUAGUGCAAGCCAUGCCUGUUAUCGUCUGUCCCAAGUUCCUCAUGGACUCCAGCACCAAGGACUUGCUGACAGUCAAGGUCGGGGACACGGUUCGUGUGCCCAUCUCCUUUGAAGCCAUGCCCAUGCCUGAGGUGACCUGGCUGAAGGAUGGCUUGCUCUUGCCCAAAAGAAGUGUGACCGUCACUAAGGAUGGCCUCACCCAGCUUCUGAUCCCUGUGGCUGGACUUUCGGACAGUGGUCUCUACACUGUGGUGCUGAGGACCCUGCAGGGGAAGGAGGUUGCCCACAGCUUCCGUAUCAGGGUGGCAGCAUGUCCACAGGCGCCUGGGCCCAUCCACCUGCACGAGAACGUGCCUGGGACGGUGACGGCCGAGUGGGAACCCUCUCCUGACGAGGCCCGGGAUGUCCCGCUGCACUACGUGGUGUUCACAUGCUCCUCAGCACAUGGCCCCUGGCACGAGGCAGCCGACCGCAUCCACACCAACCGCUUCACCCUCCUGGGCAUCCUCCCUGGCCAUGAGUACCACUUCAGGGUGGUGGCCAAGAAUGAGCUGGGGUCCAGCAAACCCUCGGACACCAGCCAGCCCUGGUACAUCCCCCGGCAGCGUGACAGGUUCACAGUGAAGGCUCCGAGCUACCGGGAGCCCGACCUGAGCCAGAAGCCCCGGUUCCUGGUGGGCCUGCGGUCCCACCUGCUACCCCAGGGCUGCGAGUGCUGCAUGAGCUGUGCCGUGCAGGGCUCGCCCCGGCCCCACGUCACCUGGUUCAAGAACAACCACAGCCUGGAAGGAAACCCCGCGGUGUACAGCACUGACCUGCUGGGCGUGUGCUCCCUCACCAUCCCCAGCGUAUCCCCGAAGGACAGCGGGGAGUACAAGGCUGUGGCUGAGAACACGCUGGGCCAGGCAGUCAGCACUGCCACCCUGAUUGUCAUAGAACCCAGCACCUAGCUUCACCUCACCCUGGGAUGUUCCUGGACCCUUGAAGCUUCACUUCCGACACCUGCACUGGCCAGGGAAGCCAAUCCCGAGGAUGGAGACUGUGCCCUGCACUGGCCAGGGAAGCCAAUCCCGAGGAUGGAGACUGUGCCCUGCACUGGCCAGGGAAGCCAAUCCCGAGGAUGGAGACUGUGCCCAGAGCCCCAGGAAAAUGGGAGUGAGAAGAUGCCUGGCGAGGUUUUGGCCAGGAGGACAUGAAGUCCUUGGGGAAGAAAAACAAGGGAGGAGGGCAUUCCACCUCCUGGCUCCAAGCUAAGUCACUCAACGGAAUGACAGCGAACCUCCUGGACCCUCACCAUAUGGGUUUCUUUCUUCUUCGCUUGAGGAGAUCCAGAGGGCACCUGCUUGCAGGAUGGGCCAGCUCCUUAUUUUCCUGGGCUGAGCCGUUUGGAGGGAGGGUGGGCACAGCUGGGCCUGCUGUGACCACUGGGAGGGAAGAGGAGAGGAGGUCAGAGGACCUGGGUGAGGACUAGGGCAUCGAGGGCGUGUGUGUGGGUGGGGGCAGCCUCCACCUCCUGGAUUCAAGAGAUUCCAGGGGUGCUGCAUGUGCUUUCUGUAUGUUUCUUCAUUAAAACAUUAGGCUAAUACGGGCAGAUCAUUGGCAAAUUUACUUGGGGUGGGUGUGUUGGAGGAAAGAUUUCCAAAGCAGAGCCUUUAUUCCAGGCUUCAGUUGGGAGGAUGGGUGGGUUCUGGAUGGAGGAAGAAUGGGCUCAGAACCGGACUCUUCUCCUGCAGCCCAGGCCUGCAUAGUUGAUCGCAAGGGCGAGAAAGCCAAGAAAGGUUAGAGGGUAAUGGAGAGGCUUCUCUUCCUCCUGUCCUGGGUUUCCUGCACUCUUCUGACUGGCAGAAAUCCUGUGAGUAGCAGGGCUGGAGGCCUCCCCAGGUG